AUGGUACCUGGUACCAGACAAGGUUUUUUCAAUUCCAUAAGGGGUCUUAAACAAGGUGAUCCCAUGUCUCCUGCUCUCUUCAUUCUUGGUGCUGAAUUGUUAUCCAGAAUGCUGAAUAACUUAACACAUGAUGAACUUUUCAAUGCAUUCUACAUGGAAAGAAGGGGUCCUCAAAUCAACCAUCUUGGCUUUGCUGAUGAUGUGAUCAAUUUCACAUAUGGUACAAAGAAUUCCCUCAAUAGAAUAAUGACCAUUCUUAGAGACUGUGAAAAUACCUCUGGCCAGAAGAUUAACAACAGCAAAAGCCAUUUCAUGGUUCCUUCUUGUGUCUUCCACUACAAUGUUACCAGAAUUCAACAAAUCAUAGGAUUCACCAGAGAAGAUUCCCCUCUUAUCUAUCUUGGCUGCCCUCUCUACAUAGGUCCAUGGAAUACAAAUAAUGGUGGAACUUUAGGUGCAAACCUUCAUUAUGGAGAAACUUUCUUAUGGACAAGUGUUGUCAAAGAUCCCACCCAAUCUCUAAAAAGUGGGAUACUAGCCAAUCACAGAAAUGAAGGUGGUAGGCCUGGCAAGAUCAAAGUCUCACAAUUUUGGAACACUAGGCAAUGGGAUGUUCAUAAACUCAAUGAAAUAGCUGCACCCCACAUGCUAGCCCGCAUUCUGCAAGUCCCUAUUUACCAUAAUCCACAGAUCCUUGAUGAAGCCAUUUGGACCCCCAAUGUUUCAGGAAAAUUCACAUGUGCCUCAGCAUGGGAAACAAUAAGAAGAAAGAAGCAGCACCUAUUAUCUAACAAGAAGACCUGGCAUAAAAAGCUUCCUUUCAAGUGGUCAUUCUGUCUUUGGAGAGCUAUCAGAAAUAAAUUACCAACAAAUGAUAGGGUUGUUGCCUUUGGCAACCCUACAGUCACCAGGUACUUACAGUGA